AUGGCGAAAGAGACGGGCGAUGGACAAGUAUACUUUCCAGAAGGAGGACAUCGAGCUUGGUUGACGAUAGCAGGAUCGUGGUGCUGCUCCUUCAUCACAUUCGGACUUGCCAACUCCUUUGGCGUUUAUCAAGAGUACUACGCUCGAAAUUUCUUGCUGGACAAGAGCUCGAGCCAGAUUGCGUGGAUCGGCGCAUUUCAGUACGCCGGAAUCUUUUCAUCUGGCAUCUUUGCAGGCAGAGCUUUCGAUGUCGGCAUGUACAGACCCUUGUUGACCAUCGGCAUGGUCAUCCUCAUCAUUUCGCAAUUCUUGCUCUCCCUAUGCCGAGAGUACUACCAAUUCUUUCUGGCUCAAGGUGUGGGAUUAGGACUUGGAUUCGGAAUCGUGUUCAACCUUUCGGUGGCUGUGCCGAGCCACUGGUUCUCGAAGAGAAGAGCUACUGCAAUGGGCAUCCUAGCAAGCGGCUCGUCAGCAGGCGGCAUAUGUCUACCCAUCAUGCUGACCAAACUGCAAGAUCCAUCUUCCAUCGGCUACGCCUGGGCUCAAAGGGUCGUCGGCUUCCUCGCCUUGGCUCUGCUCCUCUUUGCAUGGUUCACCAUGCCUACCCGUCUACCCCCCACACAAUCCUACAAAAAUGGCGGAUGGAGGCGCAUCUCCUUUUUCGAAUUGCAGCAUUUCAAACAACCAGCCUACGCUUGCUUUGUGCUCGGAGCUAUGCUCAUCUUGUUCGGUCUCUACACCCCCUUCACUUAUAUGGACGUCGCUACUCGGACGUACGACAUUCCUGCAAGCGGCUAUUGGCUCUCGGUGCUCAACGCUGGAAGCGUCUUUGGACGCGUGCUACCUGGGUUCGUGGCGGAUAGAUUCGGACGGAUGAAUACGAUCUUGCCUCACUUGAUCAUGUCGUCCAUACUCGUCUUUGUCUUUCCCCUCGCCAUCAAAUCCCUGGCUGGUUUGAUCCCCUUUGCAAUCCUCUACGGAUACUCUUCCGGCUGUUACGUUUCGCUGAUCCCCUCGGCCAUAGGUCAACUAGGAUCGACCAGCACCUUUGGAACAAGAUUAGGCAUGUGCUUCUUUGUAUGCAGCUUGGGAGGAUUGUUCGGUACGCCGGCUAGUGGCGCUCUUCUUGGAUCUGCUGCUCCUUUUGAUUGGUGGGCUUCUGCAGGCUUUGCUGGUGCUUGCGUCACUGCUGGGACGUUGCUCAUGAUAGUUAGUAGGACUCUUGCGCUCAAAGGAAGGGUAAAGGGAAGGAUAUGA